GCCGCGUGAAGCGCUCCAGCCCUUCAGCAGAGGCUUUUUCCGCCCGCCCCCUUUGCAAGCUCCUGCCUGCCUCAGGUUGUUGCUGGAAACCGACAGCCUCCAGUUUUGCUGGUUCCCCCCCCCCCCCCCCGCGGGAAACCCGGGAGAGUUGCAAGUCCUGGCUGGCUGUGGGCGUGGAGCAGCGCCGUGGUGGAAGCGGCUUUUGGUCGCCGCCGGACGGCAACGGGCGAGGGAGGCUGAGCGGGUAAGUGGCUACCCCCGGCUCUUCCCCUGGGUUUACGGCGUUGCAAAGCAAACGGAGCAAAGAUCCCUAUUGCUGUGUUGCUGCUCAGAGUACCAUGAACAAGAUGAAAACAUUUAAGCGCCGUUUCUCCCUUUCGGUUCCCCGAACAGAGACCAUUGAAGAGUCUCUGGCAGAAUUCACAGACCAGUUCAACCAACUCAACAACAGGAAGAAUGAAGAUAUAGCACAAGGACAUCUACACCUAGGACACCUGUCACAACCUAGUUCUACUUCACCUUCAGAAGGCCGGUCCCCAACCACUGUGAAAUACCGAAAUGGUAAUCAGCGCCGCUUUUCCAUGGAGGAUGUCAGUAAGCGACUCUCUCUGCCCAUGGAUAUUCGUCUGCCUCCAGAGUUCCUACAGAAAUUGGAGAUGGAAAGUCCAGAAAUUUCAAAGCCUCCUAGUAGGAUGUCUCGUCGGGCUUCUCUUUCCGACAUUGGGUUUGGGAAGAUGGAAACCUAUGAUAAAAUGGACAAGCUAGGGGAGGGCACUUACGCUACUGUAUUUAAAGGACGUAGCAAGCUCACCAGGAACCUGGUUGCCCUGAAGGAGAUCCGACUGGAACACGAGGAAGGAGCCCCUUGCACAGCUAUACGGGAGGUUUCCUUACUGAAGAACCUCAAGCACGCAAACAUUGUAACGCUUCAUGAUAUCAUCCACACAAAAUGUUCCCUCACUCUUGUCUUUGAGUAUCUGGACAGUGACUUGAAGCAAUAUCUGGAUAACUGUGGGAACCUGAUGAGUAUGUACAAUGUAAAGAUCUUCAUGUUUCAGCUGCUUCGUGGUCUGUCUUAUUGCCAUCGACAUAAGAUCCUGCAUAGAGAUCUCAAGCCACAAAAUCUGCUCAUUAAUGGGAAGGGGGAACUGAAACUUGCUGAUUUUGGUCUAGCCAGAGCCAAGUCUGUCCCAACAAAAACAUACUCCAAUGAAGUGGUCACUUUGUGGUACCGGCCUCCUGAUGUCCUACUUGGAUCCACAGAAUACUCUACUCCCAUUGACAUGUGGGGUGUGGGUUGCAUACACUAUGAAAUGGUCACAGGGCGCCCCAUGUUCCCAGGGUCAACCAUAAAAGAGGAGCUUCAUUUAAUAUUCAGGCUACUGGGAACCCCUACAGAAGACUCCUGGCCUGGCAUCUCAUCCAAUGAGGAGUUCAAGGCUUACAACUUUGCACAAUAUCGAAUUCAGCCCUUGAUAAAUCACGCACCCAGACUGGACACAGAAGGAAUUGACCUGCUGAUGAGUCUGCUUUUGUAUGAUGCCAGAAGACGUAUUUCUGCUGAAUCAGCCCUGCGUCACCCCUACUUUAUGACCCUUGGUGAACGAGUGCAUCUCCUUCCUGAGACUGCCUCCAUCUUUUCUCUAAAGGAAAUACAGCUACAAAAGGAUCCUGGCUUCCGAGGAUCAGGUUUUCAGCACUCAGCUCGAGGGAAGAACAGGAGGCAAAGCAUAUUUUAAAUCUUAUUCGACCCAAGCACUACCAAAGCACUGAGAGUGGAAAGGACCACAUGGAGCCUGUGGAGCCCAUUCCUAGAUGAUGAAGGCUGGUAUCCAAAGCCCAGGAGCUGUCCCUUGGGCCCUGGCUGCUGCUGCAGUGUUGCUGUCCAGAAUUCCACAGAUAACACCCUGGGGCUUGGUCCAGCCUCUCAUUCCUCACGUAGCCAUUGGUAUAUCCCCCUGGGCAACGAUCUUCAUCAAGUUAUUACUGUCCUAAGUGUCAUCCUGAAAUGCUAUCUGCUGGCCAUUGUUUUAGAGGGAGGCAAAAUGGACUCACCGGGCAGGGCCCAGGCUCUCACGGCACAAUCAACACCUGCUUUGCUUCUGAGGUUUGGAUGCCCUGUCCUGAUGAAUGUACUGAAUCCCUUUGUUUGUUUUUCCUCAUCAUGAGAUGACGCCUUUGAGGAUUGCCUAGGGUGAUCUGCAGACAUGAUGAAUACAAUAUUAACAGUGGGGAAGCCCUUUGAUCCACUCUGUGCAGAGCUCUCUGGCUUUGAACUGGAAAGGAAACCUUGAGAAUUUUAACUAGAAGGAAAAUGCCAAUUUUCCUUUGAGUUUUUUCUGGUUUUUUUUAUGAAUACCAUUUCUGAAUGAUGCAAACAAAGGGUAGAAGGAGGCCCCUUGCUGGAUUUUCUUGGUCCUCUCAUUCUUUGCCUUGCCCUGUUCCCCAGGCUUAGGGUUUUUUUAAAACUCAAGGUGGUCUACCAAGGACUCCAGAAUUAGAUUUUUCUCACAACAAGGUUUAUGGUUGGCAAGCAUGACCUAAAUCAUGUUUUAUUAGAUUUAAACUCAGUGAUUCUGAGAGUCUCCCUUUAACAUCCCAAGAAUCAUUCAUCUAAAACCCACCACUAAAUAAAUAGAUGCACUUUCCUUGGGGGAAAUUUUUUUUCCAACCAAAUAACUCAAGGACUGUAAAAAUAUCUGAGCCUCUAUUAAACCUAAUUUCAAAAUGUGAAAGAA